AAAUAAAAACUCGCAAAUAAUUUCAAUGCCAUCAAAAUAAUCCAAUACAACAAGGAAAUCCCUAUAAUCACUCUCUUCUAGCCAUGGAAGAAGCCGAUCCCCUAUUCGGCUUCAGCCCCGGCACGGCUCCUCCUUCUGUAGUCACUCUCUCUCCAUUUUCUCCCAUUCCGGUACCAUCCUCUCGCCGACUUUCGAGUCACUUCAUUCCAAGCCGCCCUGUCCCCUCGGCUCGACGGCUGGCAUGGGUGUCUUUACGCGGUCGGCUUGUAAAUGCAGAGGAAGCCAGCUCUGCUAAAGCCAUUGGCUUGAGCCGAGAAGAAACUGUAGCUUGGGAACUAUUUAGCCCCAUUCAAAGGUUUCUCAUUGUUGCAGUGAUUGGCGUUGCUGUUGCGGAAUCGAAAAAGAAUCUGCUCAUUUCUCAGCUUAAGAAAUCGGUGGACCUUAGGGAUCAGGUGCUAUCAAAUAUGCAACAAAAGCUAGAUGAUCUAUGUGAGCAGGUGAACAGCAUCAAGAACCAUUCAAGACCUGAGGCCAAUGCAUCAUUCAACAAGAACACAGAAUCACUAUCUAGUGAUGCUUUUGGCGGCGAUAAAAUUAAAUUUGUCGAUUGUGGUUGUUGGCAUUGUGAUCAUCACUACAACCUUUUUGCUGAUCCAAUGGGAAACGCUGUUAUGAAAACGUCUAGAGGAGAUGAGGUGUUGCAGUACAAAACUCCUUUAGUGAAUGAGGUAGAACAAGAAGAGCGGCGCAUGUCAGAUUUGUCAGAUUGGGCUUCUAGUGUUUCCUCUACAGCAGAUAUCCAGAUGAACAUGUCUGCAGUAGAUCAUGAUAUCUACAAUCUCAAGAAGGAGUGUGAAGAAAAAGAUGCCACCAUAAAGGAGCUGACUACUGUUCUUCAAUCAAAGAAUAUGGCAGGUUCAAAGAGAACUGCAGAGCUGGAAGACAUUAUACACAGGAAGAACUCGACGAUUGCAAAACUUAAGAGAGAUAUACUAGUAUUGGAACAAAAGUUGGUGCACCUUACAAGGCUUCGGAGACCAUCUUCCUCUGAAUAUAUCCCAGAAAGUUGGCAACUUCCGCUUAUGAUGGAAAAUAUCGUUUAUGAUAUGGACAGUACUACUAGCCCUUCUUCUUCCGAUUCAGAUUCUUCUCCAGUGAAUAGAUCACUAGCUCCAGUUGUUAAAAACCAGGCCGCCCCUGUUCAAAACAGUACUAAUAGCUCUUUCUCUUCAGAUACAGAUGCCCCCCAAUUGAACCAACAACUGUGUCAUAUUGAUCGAAUUCCGGAGACACCUCUUCACGGUGGUUACAUUGCUCCUACAACACACCGGAAAUCAGCCCCAGCAAAGGCCUUGGUUUCUUUUGCAAAAUUAACUGAACAGAAAAUACAGUCUGGACCAGUAAGUCCUCUCAAAGAAUCAACAAAUCAAAAUUCCGGUAGAGUUUCUUCUUUAAGGUCCAAGCAGGUGUCAGCUAGUGGGGAAUUCAAGAAAAUUAGAAGGCGAACCCAAACUGCCUCUAAUAAUGCAGCUCCUAAGAAGAAAUGGGUCUAGUAAGUAACCCAAACCUCUGGCAAUGCAAUAUUUAAGGUGCCAUCAAAAUAUGUUUCAUAUUGAAAUUAAGUCACCUAGUUGAAAAGGAACUUCAAAACGGUCUCUGGCGUUUUAAGCGUUUUUCACUAUGAAAUUUUAAGCUGCAUUGCAACGAGUAGAAAGUGGCAUGGAGUUUGGCAUCUUGAAACUCUCCGAAAUUGUUUAAGUCAAAACUGAAUGAUAUGAAAUCAAUCAAUACUGUGGGAAUAGCUGGAAAUUUUGACUUGCUCCUGGAUUAGAAACCUCACUUCUGAUAGUCAAGGCUUGACCAUUGAAAUCUCAUUGCAGGAGUGACUGCUGAAUUUGCCCCCAACAAAUUGUCGGGGUGAAUGAGAUAAUCAUCAUGCUUGUGGGUUAAGGUUCCGCACGUGCUCAUGCUGAAAUUUAGACAGAAGGGAAUUUAAUCCUUCCCUUCUUUUUGUUUAUAUAUAUUUAUACAUGUCCAAGUAUAUAUGUAGUGUAGAUGCGGAAACUUCAGGAUGAAUGGCCGUUGUUAUUUUAAAGUGAUGUAGUCAGCCAUAAUCGUGUUAUAUAUCAUAUAGUUGUAGCUAUAUUAAUAAUUUUUGCAGGAUAGAGUUCUGAUUGUGAUAAUUGCUUGUUUGAAUUAGGGAAUGGGGGUAUUGGUGAAUUAGCAUAGAAAUUUGACCUAGUCCUGCCAGUCUAGAAUGAAAACUUGUAGAAUGAUAUCAGUGAAAAGGUUAGGGUUUGCUGAAGAUGAAGAUGAUGAUGGGGUGUGCGGUCUUUAGUCAAAACUGAAAACUGGUAAACGAUAUCAGUGAAAACGAUUACAAGUUGCAAUAUGAUUUUGUAGUUUUGCGGUUUCAGGUCUCAUUCGUUGCCGCGUUUUAAGAAAACUCGGCAGCAGCAGUAGGUGUGCGUUGUUUAAUAGUCUGGUCUAUUUACAAUUUCUGCCUUUGAAUUUUCUUUGGAAAUUUAACUUUAUUUAUAAUUGUUGUAUUUGUAUUUGUAUUUGUAACACAAACAAAAGGACUGAAUUCUGCGACUCUGCCCA